GAAUGUUUGGAUUAAACGCUUUAGUGCUGUCUCUGACUGGAACCCAAUCCACAAGUUCUAAACUUCAAUGCCCUUCCGUUCCCAAUAUGACGUGACGCGACGAUGACAUCACGACACUUCCAUCUGUAGCGCUCUCGCGCUCGUGACCGAACAGAACAAGUGAGCUAGUCUCGUCAGGCAGAAGGACUCAACGGCACAGUAACAUACCUGCACACACUCCGGGCUUUACUAGCAGUUGGAGCGGACUGUAAGACUGAGAUUCCGACCUGACAAGCCUCAACACACCGCCUCCGGUUCGCUUCGCAAAGUGAAAGAGAUUUUAUGCUAAAGUUUUCAGGAUUUGUUUAACCUCCCGCGGACAAGAGCGGAAUGAGCGACUUUACGAUGAUAAACUGUUGCCUGAUUCUUGGCGCGUGCCUUCUGUCCAGCCAAGCUGUCUGGAGUCAGCGUGUUCGAGUAGAAUAUGAGGUCACUUCGCAUCCAAAUGGGUCUGUCAAUCUGCGCUGUGAGUUCACCGACAGCGGAAGCACCAAACUUACACAGGUUUCGUGGAUGUUUGAGCGUGUUGAGGGUGACAGGCACAACAUUGCUGUAUUCCACCCCACAUAUGGAGCCAGUUUCCCCAAUAAAGAUUUCGAAGGCCGAGUUAAGUUCACACAAGGCUCCCUGGAGAACCCAUCCAUUAGGAUCGACAAACUGAGGAUGGCUGAUGCUGGCAGGUACAUCUGCGAGUACGCGACUUACCCCAGUGGAAACGAGCAGGGGACGACCACUCUUAUCAUGCUGGCUAAACCCAAAAACUCAGCUUCCGCCAUCCCAGUGCAAGCCGGCUCUUCUGAGGUUGUGGUGGCAAGAUGUGAGGCAGCCCAAGGGAAACCGGAGGCAACAAUCUCCUGGAUUACAGCUGUUGCUGGCCGCUAUAACCACACUUCAGUGCCCGAGAUGGACGGCACAGUGACCGUGAAGAGCGAGUAUCGGAUGAUCCCGACACCUGCUGAAAACGGAAAGGAGAUCACCUGCUUGGUGAAUCAGAGGACGCAGAACGAACCGAAACCCUACCACUUGAAGCUGGUGGUGGAAUACCCACCCACUGUGACAAUAGAAGGAUAUGACAAUAACUGGUACAUGGGGCGAACUGAUGCCUUUUUGGACUGCAAGGCUGACGCCAACCCAGAACCCACUAAUGUUACCUGGACAGCUGUCUCGGGUCAGUUGCCGCCUUCGGUAUCUGUUGAUCAGAACCGGCUACUGGUGAGAAAGGUGGAUGAAACGGUGAACACCACUUUCGUGUGCGAAGUGAAGAACAGUCUAGGUUCUGCCAAGAAAGAGCUCUCCGCCACGGUCAUCGAGUCGACUGAAGACCCCUCCAGCGCCGGCAUGGUGGCCGGAGCCAUCCUGGGCAGCUUCUUGGCCCUCGUUUUGGUCGGCGCGUUGGUCACCGUGUUAGUGACGCGAAGCCGUCGCCAGCAGCAUGGAUAUUCGGGCGACGGCGAGCAGGGCGCCUACGGCAACAAAACCCGUCUUUUUGGCGGCAAGAAGUCCAGCAAGAACGGCACAGGGGCCAACAACAACGGCCCGAUCUACACGUACCGCGAAAGCGAGCCGGGAGCCCUGACGGAGAAAUGCAACGAGUUCCCUCACAUGACCACCUGCCCGCCAACCGCUCAUGACAUCCUGCUGAGCGGCGAGCUGAAUGAAGCCGUGCGAAGGAAGUUCGACGCCCUGAACGACAGCUUGGAGGAGGAGGAAGAGGACGAAAGGUACGACCGCUUCAGCGGACUGCCGCCCAGCUACCAAAUCCACCGGCACGAGGACGAGUGUGCUCCUUACCUGGACGACGACAUGGAGUCUCAACGAGACGGCUCAAUCAUCUCCCGGACUGCCAUCUAUGUCUAGAAGAAUCAGAUGAUGCACCUGACUGAUAUUUACUUGACCUUUUAAAACAAAGACGCAAAUGUGCCAUCUGGGGAGUGGAAGCAGAAUGGUGGAUGAAGACACUCAUUAUCAUGCAGAAAACACAUUGAUUUUGCUUGCCUCACGAUGUAACUUGUUGUUAACGCCCAUUCUAGUCAGAAUCCAUCCUUCUGUGGUUCACUCACACCCACGAGCACAAUACUCAACCAGGCCCUUUUGAAGUGAAUAGAAAGCCUUGUGAUUGCCCAUACAGGCUUGUCAAUGCUACAUUGCACGAGAGGCUCAGCAUCUGUGACCCAGAAGCGAAGGCCGCACUCGCCAGGUUGUGUACAGCUUCUUUUAUCAAUCGCCGAGUAUGCCGUCUUCGAGAACAGCUGGAUGUUUUGUGAGCUAAACAGAAAACAGACAACUCAACGUUCACCACAGCAUCUGGGUCAUUCAUCCGUGCAGCCGAUCAACUCCAGUAGUGAACGCUUUUAACUUCCCCCACAAUUUGUUUUAGUUCUCGUUACGCUAAAGGAAUUCUCUGAUUCACUCAAGUUCUCGGCAGAGGCAGACUCUCCUGUCGGUUUGUUCCAGGCCAGAGUGUUGUGCAUUUUGGGCUGAUGCAUGUUCCCCAUCCACCCCCCGCCCUUCGAUUAAUCCAGUUAUCAAAACCAUCUCGCAUUAGCACGAAUCCUUCCAGGAGAAAGGCUUGGACUGUUGUUUUUGUCUUUUAACUUCACUACAACAGAUUAAGUAGAUUAAUGCACAUCAUAGAUCUGUGUGGAAGGCGGGGCCUUGAGAGGAAAGCAACUGAUGUGCCUUUGAGUGUGGGAUUAUUUGGACAGCGGAGCGCGGAUGGACCCCAGCAGGGACCGUUAAGCCAGGCGGCAUAUGUUUGCCAGGUUCAGCGGAGUCCACGGUCUUGAAAAGCUGCCAGCUGUGAAAAAAGGUCAAGGGACAAGGCGCUCUCACCGUAUGUUCAGCAGCGAGAUUAGGACACUCACUUUACCGCAUCCCUCUAGAGCGGACCAAUGGUUUGUUUUGAUGCCUCGCGCAUAAGCCGACUUUUUUAAAACGACAAAAUUUCGGACACUGUGUGCGUGUAACCGUAGCGGUGUGAGUCCAGAUGUGGAUUAAUUUGUCUCCGGGUGUCGGCGAAUGCGUGUUUUGCAUAAUAUCAUGCAGCUUGUAUGGAUGCUUUGGCAGUGCUUUGAAUUACUUGAGCCGUGACUCAUUCAUCCUUGGUUUCGCUCGUCGAGCCUUCGGUGGAGGGAGGUUAGCGCGAUAAUGACAAAGGAGCAACACACUCACCAAUGCGACGCAACCCAGAG